AUGACUCUUGAGGAACGGGCCGAGUUGGAACAGCUGCGGCAGCAGCAUGAAUUACCUAGGAAGGUCCCUGGCCACGGCGGCGACGAUGGGGACAUUCUUCACCGGCUCAAGACCCUGCCGGAGGACGAGGCCGUGGCCCUCUUCAUCCAGUUGCGAUCAGGGGCUCGAGUCAACGACAAUGUUGUUACGGCGCGAAGCAUUCCGGCGCCAUCACGGACAAGCCUCGAGUUCGAGCUGAUCCACCGACACCCAAUACUAUACCCCGUCGUGACUGCUGCUGAGUCUCCCGAGAUUGAAGUGUCGGGCCUCAGGGUCCUACCAUACCAAGAGCAUGAAUCGGAGUCCACUGGCUCCAGAAAACCCUCCUCUACACGACGACCCUCGUCUCUCCGGUCCUCACCCACCAAGGCAGGCUUCCGACGGCCCUCAUCUCCUGAACCGAGCGUCCCCCUCGAGCUAUGUGACGAGCGGCUCAAACACAUCAGGAUCCGCAACUGGACUCAGAUUUCCAUCUCAAACCAGUUAGCGGCGAGCUUAAUCUCCUUCUAUUUGACAGUUGACCAUCCAAUUCUUGGGUUGUUUGAUGCAGACCUGUUCCUAGGCGAUCUUGUGGCCCACAAGACCGAAUUUUGCAGUCCCCUGCUUCUCAGCGCCGUGCUUUGUUUUGCCUGCCAAGGUUACUCGAACAUCGAAGCCGAGACGGCCGUCUUGAGCUAUGCGUUCUUCACCGAGGCGGAGCGACUACAUAGGGAAGAGAGCACGGGGAACCCACAGUACCAAUUCGCAAUCCCCAACAUAGCUGCGACUCAGUUGCUCAGCCUCGCGGCGACAUGCCAUGGCCGCAACGAGCUGGCGCUCAGAUAUCUGGUCGAGGGCAUCGAGCUGGCCCACCAGAAUGGCCUGCUAGCAGUGGGCAAGAUGCAUUCGGCUAGGAACUGGCUGGAUGACCACGUCGACUUUGUAAAAGCUGCAUCACAUACAGCAUGGGGAACCUUCUGCAGGGCGACGCUCCUCGGAAUGAACUACCAGUACGCUUACAUCGAUAUACCGUCGUGGUUGCCGAUCCCAGGCACAACCAUUGUUCGAGCUGACGGCGGGUCGGAGCCGUUCGAACUCCCGGGCUACAUGGGUCAAAGCUUCACGGAGCUGUGCAGGCUGACGCCACUCAUCAACGAGAUGCUGCACGACUACUACGACAGCGGUGAUGGCGUGGCCCCUACCAACCGCGCCUCCUUCAGCUUCGCUCAGGGGCUGUACCGCAGGAUGCUCGAGUGGGCCGACUCCCUGCCCGUGACUAUGGCACGCGGCGACGGCAUGCCUCAUCACGCAGCUAUAGUCCACAUCUACUUCCACACCGCCGUGUUGGACCUGUUCCGCCCGUUCCCGUACCAGCGGCCCGAGACGCCCUUCCGGCUCGACGGCUUUGACACCGACGAACCGACGCCCGAAGGGCUGUGCAACGCAUCGGUGAACCAGCUCAAACACCUGAUCCUCGUCUUCCGGUCCAGGUACCCGUGCGCCACCUACUCGAUGCUGUGGCAGAACGCGCUGCUGUACAUAGCCAACGCGUGCCUGCCCCUGCAGCGCACCGUCCCGUCGCUCCAAGCACAACCAGAUGGUACCACAGACGAGCGCGCGGCGGGGCCCAGGAAGGGUGUCAUCGACGACGAAGGCUCGGCCGACGAGAGGGAGGAGUCCGAAGAAGACGACGAUAUGGACCGCCGCAAGUGGUUCAUGGCGUGCGUCGACGCGCUGCGGGCCCUGGCGCCGCAGUUCGGUAUCGUCACGGGCAUCGUGCAGGGCAUCCUGAGCAUGGCCAUCCUGAAGGGCUUCAUGGCCGCCGUGGACGGCCGCGCCAUCAUGGACCAGCUCAAGGCCGAGACGGAACUGUCGCGCCAACACCGCCGCGAGCACUUUGCGCGGAGCCAGGGCGGCGCGAUGCCUGCAACUGCCGCGGCGGCCGAAUUUACCGACGGACAGGUCGAUGGGCAGGUUGACGGGGUCGAGACGACCAGCAGGGUUACCUACGGGUCCUCCGGGGGCCAGCUUAGCGCCGGGUCUGGCCCGUAUUUGAGGGGGCUCGCCAAUCUCCCCGGCGCACAGGCCGGCGGCAACGGCUUUGUCAUUGACCUCAACGAGGCGUCUGUCAACCCGAGCGCCGCGUCGCUGGACGUGCUGGCUCGGGCCUUUGACGAGCUGGCAAUGUUCGAUGAGUUUACGACAGGUGAGGAUGGAGCAGAACGCUGA